GCGACAAGAAAGAAAACAUGGAUCCGGAUUCAUGCAGCACGUGUCCCUUUUGUGAUUUACCAGUUCCUUCUUCUCAGCUUCAAUGGCAUGCCAAUGCUCAUUUUCAUGAUCCUGCGCUGCCACAACAGAGUGAACAAUCAGUCAGUGGCUCGGAGCUUGAAGCAGUUUCUGGAGAUUGUAACAAUUGGCAUGGUGGUGAGACUAGUAGAGAUAACGGGGAAUGCAAAAUGGAUGAAAAAAUCUCCUGCUUAAUUGGUUUACAGACAAGGAGCAACUUCUACAAAGUUGAAGCGGGUUUGAUCGCCUUAUUGAGAAAUUGUUUGGAGUCUGAAACUGAGAAUUCAAAAAGCAUUUUGUCCUGUUGCAUUGAUCAUUUCCAGAGCCUCAAUUCUGAGGAUGCUGGAUGGGGUUGUGGAUGGCGUAACAUUCAGAUGCUUAGCUCUCACUUACUAGCACAGAGACCGGAAGCAAGAGAGGUUUUGUUUGGUGGUUCGGGCUUUGUUCCUGAUAUCCUGUCAUUGCAGAGAUGGCUUGAGAUUGCCUGGGAAAAGGGCUUUGAUGCCCCAGGAGCUGCUCAAUUGGAUCAUGCUGUUUACGGUUCAAAAAAAUGGAUAGGAACUACUGAGUGUUCUGCUCUCUUGCGUUCUUUUGCUCUUCGGGCAAGAAUAGUGGAUUUCGGUCCUAAGGAAUCCCAAUCUGUCGUAGGAAUAAGUGUUGAUAACACUGUGGACAAAACAAGAAAUGAUAAGAUGGCAAACAGUAAAGUUAAAAGUGAGGCUUAUCAAGUUCUCAUGGAUUUUGUGUGGAAUUACUUUUCUGAUGAAAACUCAAUCCAAUUUGGUCAGCAGCAUGUUGUGAUUUGCGAGAAAACGCCCUUGUACUUUCAACAUGAUGGUCACUCGAGAACAAUAGUUGGAGUUCAAGCCAAACAUCAACAGAAUGGAAUUCUACCAUAUAAUCUCCUAGUUUUGGACCCUGCUCAUAGUACGGCUACUCUUGAAAGAUCACUAAAGCAGAAAAUUGGAUGGCAAAAACUCAUAAAAAAGGAUCGGAAUACGCUGAAAAAGCCACAAUACCAGUUGUGUUACGUUGAUCCCGGAAUUGCUAGUGAGGAGGAGAUGGAAGAUCUCAAGACAAUUGAUAGUAUUUUCCUUGAAUUAUAGGCAAACAUAUAAAACACUUUGCUACAUCCAAGUCGAGGAUCUAUUUUUAAUUUCUUUUCAUCAAAGUGUAUUUUUUGGCAUAUACUCUGACAAUAAUAUAAUUAUUACAUCAGAAAAGAAAUUUUAGAAAAAA